AUGGCCACCCUCCCUCUCGCCUCGGCCACACGGGCAGCCGCCUUCUGCCAUCGCAGUGGCCUUGCCUCCUCCUCCUCCGUCCCCUCUGCACGCCGCUAUGCGCACGACCUCGUCAUCAAGCGCAAGACUGGCCUCCCCAUCCAACGCGCCGGCCCCAUUGGCGGUGGACGUUCUGCUGUCUCAGGCCAUGUAGCUACCGUCUUUGGCUGCACGGGCUUCCUGGGUCGCUACCUCGUCGACAAGCUGGGACAAAAGGGUACGCAGGUCAUUGUGCCCUACAGAGAUGAGGACGAGAAGCGUCACCUCAAGCCUCUUGGUGAUCUGGGACAGAUUGUGCCCCUCGAGUGGGAUUUGAAGAAUGAUGAUCAGAUCAGGGAGUGCUUGCGACACUCGGAUGUGGUAUACAAUUUGACGGGCAGGAACUACGAGACCAAGAACUUCACCUUCAACGACGUCCACGCAACGGGCGCAGCUCGCAUCGCAGCCAUCGCAGCUGACGCCGGUGUCUCGCGCUUCAUUCACGUCUCCCACCUCAAUGCCCGCGAGGACUCGCCGUCGAAGUUCCUACGCUCAAAGGCUGAGGGGGAGAAGCUCGUCAAGCAGGCCUUUGAUGGGGCUACGAUCGUCAGGCCGGGCAGCCUCUACGGACAUGAAGACCGUUUCCUCAACCAGAUGGCUCGCUGGCCUAUCACCUGGCACGUAAACUACGGCCGCACGAAGCUGCGCCCUACACACAGCAUCGACCUGGCCCGCGCUCUCGAGCUCAUGAUGGACGCCGAAGUCACCUCGACUGGCGCAACCUUCUCGCUCGGCGGCCCCAAGACGUACACCAUCACCGAGCUUCUCACCCUCGUCGAGUCCCUCACCUUCGAAAAGACGCUCCGCCCUGGUCUCAACGUCCCACACUGGGCACUUCGCCUCGCCGCUUCGAUCACGGACAAGGCGGCAUGGUGGGGUAUGCUCAGCGCAGAUGAGGUGGACAGGAGGAUGGUCGAUGACCUUCCCGAUGAGGCGGGGACAAAGAGCUGGGCGGAUCUGGGUAUGACGCCGGAUAAGAUUGAGGAUGUGGCCAUUGUGUACCUCAGGAGGUACAGGAGCCAUUUGAGGUUUGAGCAGCCCGUAGAGACGAGCGGAACGCCGCUGAGGAAGAAUGGGAGGUACCACGUCGUCGACUAGGCGAGAUGUACGUGAGCAGAUGGGCGGCAAUGAUACACAGAUACGAUUUUGCAGGCCGUUGAGGCAGGAAAGAGCAGUAUGUGAUCAGGCUGCCCGGCAUCUUACAGCCAUGAGAUGAAUAAGACAGGCGGCAAGAG